AUGGGUAAGGAAAAGGGCAAAUCCCUUAGUGCCUUUGCUGUUUGUGCCCUAUCCAAUGAAAAGCUAAACCGUCCAGUAGUCUCGGACUACAGAGGCCAGCUUUUCAACAAGGACGCAUUUCUUGAGUUCCUACUCAAUAAGGAAUAUCUCAAGAACGAUAAACUGAGCCAUCUUACAUCCCUCAAAGACGUCGUGGAGCUCAAAAUCAAACUGGAUCAAAAUACAUUAAAGUGUGAACUUACCUCUGCAGAGUACGACAUAACAUCAGCUACAGUACCCAAAUUUGUAUACCUGGUACCUUGUGGAUGUGUGAUGUCGAAAAAGGCUCUGCUUUCUCUUCUGUCUUCCACAAAGGUUGGAGAAUACACUAAAGCGCGAUGUCCAAUUUGCAAUACCGAGUAUUGUAGCCGCGACGUGAUCGAGAUAGAUCCGGACGAGGAGGAGUUAUUCGCUUUGGAAAGACGCAUGAAGACACUCGAGACAGAAGGGCUACAUCACUCGCUCAAAGCCCGGAAGAAACGAAAGUCUGUAUCCGGAGAGAAAAGCGCUAAAAGAAGCAAAAAUAAAAGCUCAAAGCCUUGA